CUGCAUUACUACUUCGACGUGGAGUUGGCGCAUAAGAUUCGCACAUUUCAACCUUUUGUUCCGCACAACGUGCCUCAGCUAGCUUUUGGAACAGCGCAUUCAGUGAUGCAGGUAGUCAUUGUUAGGGGGUUGGCCCAUGCACUCUCUAGAUAGCCGAGAUCUCCGAGUCGGCGCAAGACUUAAACACUGCACGAUUCCUCGUCGUUCCAAUCCUUGAAGUAAUAUACCUGUGCCCUACUUGGCAUGCUCAUUACUGAGACACGCACAUGAAUGUCGAAAAGUGGCGAAGAAGCACACAUGUCAAGACCAACGCCGCUGCUUGUACGUCCAGAGUCCACGAUAUGUGUAGCCAUUAGGUAUUGAAUUCAAGCUGGUCAGCUUGCGCGGUCCUGUGUAAUACGGACCUUGCCUGCAGGUGCGGAUCGCCUAGGCUGGGAUCACCGGGGUCGCUUGGGUAUAAUGCUCCAAUAGUAGAAUUUGUCCGGGAUUGAUGGAGCAAUAAAGAGACCUGCACCGUGCGAUGUAUCGAAAAACCUACUAUUAAGAAAUUGCAACUAUGAAUGCGGAAAACGACAUGGGAAUGCGGGUUUGGUAGUCAGCUACAUGCUGUCACAGAUCUGGACAUUCCUAUUUCCCUGCGUGGACGGUUUGAUUACAGCCAGAGGAAACGUAGUCAUGUUGGACCAUGUCCAUCGAAGGGGUGUUUGCUUCCAAUCAUCACUGUUGUCGAUGCGGAAAAGCUUGAACCUAAAGAUUUUAAUCGCAUGUUCGCCGUGCUACAGAAUUUACACCACAAGAAUAUGUCAGCUCCAAAACAGGUUCACCGCGAUGCGCUGUGUAUCAACACGUUGCACAUGAUGUUGCUGUGUGUUGUCUUUUGCUCAAGUGCGUUGAAGUUUUGCCC